AUGCCGCCUGUUGGGUCAGCAGCCAGGAUUGUGGCUUCUGUUUGUGGUAAGAGUUCUAAUUUGACACCCAAUAACUCCCAGCUUGGAUGGUUGAAGAAUGAUAUCAGUAAAAUCAACAAUGUUGAUGAUGCUUUGGCUUUCUUCAAUCACAUGGUCCGGAUGAGGCCUCUCCCUGAUGUAAUUGAUUUCAAUCAACUUGUUACGCUUGUAAUGAAGAUGAAGAGUUUUUCAGUUGCCAUUCUUAUGUACAAAAGUAUGUGCGCUGAGGGCAUCCCCAUUGAUGUGUACACCAUGAGUAUGGUUAUUAAUUGUUACUGCCGUGAAGGUCGAGUAGAUUUGGGAUUCUCUGUAUUAGGAGCACUCUUCAAGGUUGGACUCAUGCCUGGUGUCAUUAUAUUUAACACUAUACUCAAGGGACUCUUUAGGGAGCAUAGGGUGCGAGAGGCGCAAGAAUUGUUUAGUAAAAUAAUAUAUGAGAAGUUGUGUGAACCUGAUCAGGUUACAAUCGGGACAGUGAUAGAUGGGUUGUCUAAGGUUGGAAACACUAGAAAAGCUAUUGAGGUCCUCAGAGCCAUGGAAAAUGGAGAUACUAAACCUAAUACCAUCAUUUACAAUGCUAUUAUUGAUGCCCUCUGCAAAGAUAAAAUGAUGGAUCAAGCUCUUGGUCUCUUAUUUGAGAUGAUUAAGAAGGGCAUUGCACCAAGCAAAUGGCAAGAAGCCAAAAAGUUAUGGACGAAGAUGAGAUAUUUCGGGAUUGCUCCAGAUGUAGUCACUUAUAAUAUCUUCAUUGAUUCAUUUUCCAAGGGAGGGUUGAUGAAAGAUGCAAAUGCCGUAUUUGCAGUCAUGAUUAGGCGAGGUGAGACUCCUGACAUAUUGACUCACUGUUCAUUGAUGGAAGGAUACUCUUUGCAGGGCCAAAUAGUUAAGGCGAGAAGAGUUUUUGAUGCAAUGGUUGCCGUUGGAUUCGUUACUGACAUCAUUCCCUACAAUAUUUUAAUCCAUGGUUACUUUAAAGUCAGGAAGUCCGAGGAGGCCAUGCGUUUGUUCCUAAAUAUGCCAUGUAAGGGAUUACAUCCUUCAAUUGUUACUUACACCAUUCUCUUGCAGGGAUUGUUUCAAUCAGGGAGGUGUGACAUUGCAAAACAAAUUUUCAGUGAGAUGCUACUUAGCACCCUCAAACCUAAUUUUUAUACAUGGUGUGUAAUGCUUGAUGGUCUUUGUAAGAGUGGACAUGUUGACGACGCAUUGUUGUUAUUACUGAAGAUGGAAAGGGAUGGAGAAGUGCUACAUGUAGCUAUGUAUAAUAUUAUUAUUGAUGGAUUCUGUAAAAGUGGAAGCCUUGAUAGAGCACGGGAUAUGUUUAGUAGUUUAUCUCUUAAAGGAUUUGACCCUGAUGUUACAACGUAUAACACGAUGAUAGAUGGUCUAUGCAUGAAAACUUUACUAGUGGAAGCAAAAACCCUCUUUGACCAAAUGGAAGCAAAUGGUUGUUUGGCAGAUGAGAUUACCUACAAUAUAAUGCUCCGAGGAUUUCUCAAGGGAGAAAUCCGUUCCCAGAACUUGCCUAGCCUUUGCUUCAGAUCCCCUGUUCUUGCUUAG